ACAACCGUAGAAGAAGAACGAGGUCGAAGGCUCGUUUUCGACAUCGCGCCAACGUACACUAGUUGGUAGACGACGCUCCACGUUUAACGUCAAAUUUCAUCGUUAGCUCCAGAAAGUUUAAACGGCGCCAUGGCUGAUAAGAUGAGCAUGUCUCUGGACGACAUUAUCAAGAUGAAUAAGAGAGAAGGCCGCGGUGGAGAAGGAGGCGGCUCCAGGCGGGGAGGAAGUUCAGGUCGAGCCGGUGGAUCGUCGAGGCCGCCGGUGGCGGCGAGGAGCAGCCGACAGAAUAACUUCCACCGUGAUAGAAACAACAGAGCCGCUCCUUACACCAGACCAAGAGAGCUACCAGACAAAUGGCAGCAUGACAUGUUUGAGGAGAAUGAAGGUGGAAGAAGUGCAGGACCAGGACCAGAAAGACGAGUAGACGAUAGCAGCAAGCUUCUGAUUUCUAAUUUGGAUUUUGGCGUUUCUGAUUCAGAUAUUAAGGAGCUGUUUGAAGAAUUUGGCCCCAUAAAGACUGCCUCGGUACACUAUGAUCGGUCUGGCCGGAGUAAAGGAAUGGCAGAUGUCUACUUUCUAAAUAAAGCUGAUGCCGUCAAAGCAAUGAAGCAUUAUAACGGUGUUCCUCUUGAUGGUCGUCCUAUGAAAAUCCAACAAGCGACGUCAGAAGUUAAAACACAGAGCUCAAGCAGAGGUUUCGACCGCAGCAGGCUCGGUCAGCCCCGGUUUGAAAGGAAACAAGGCGGGAGCAGUGGAGGGUUCAGAGGUCGAGGGAGGGGAGGUGAAAAACGACCCCAGCUGUCUGCAGAGGAGCUGGACGCUCAGUUGGAUGCUUACAAAUCAGAGUGCCAGAUGGACACCAGUUAAAAACGCUCAGGGUACUACUUCCUUCACUUCUUAUUUUUUUUAUCAGUACAAUGCAUCAAACGUGUUUUGAAAACAUUUUUCUUUUAUGUACCAUUGUGUAAACAUUUUUAUUGUAAUUUUUUUUUUACUGCCAUGUUUGGAGCAAUUUAGUUUUGAUAAAAAAAAUCUGUUCAUAAAUUUCCCUAAACAUGCAAUAUCAUUUGGAUUUCCUUUUUUUAUAUUGUAUGUACAUGAUUCCAUGACAGACUGUCUACUGUAACAAUAAAUGUAGAUAUAAACCA